AUGAAGUUUUGUGGAGAUUUCGUGAAGACUGAAAGGGUGAAGAUAAAUCGUUUCUACGGGGUAUUAAAGGCGGAAUUUAGGGAAUUCAUCACUCCCUCGAAAUGUGAGACCCUUGAUGAACUUAUCAAUCUGGCACGAGAUAGAGAAAUUGAAAUCAAGAGACAGGAAGAACGUGGUGAAAAGAGAUCAAGUGAAAAGGGUGCAAGUUCGAGUCCAUCUAAAAAGGGAAAGUUUCAAGAUCAAGGGAGGAAGGAAAAUUCGAAAGGUGGAAUUACUCCUUGCAAGACUUGUGGAAAACUCCAUACUGGAGAGUGUCUGUUAGGCAAGAAGGGGUGCUACAAAUGUGGUAAGGAGGGACAUUCAUCUUAUCAAUGUCCGAAUAACCUGAAGACUUGCUUCAAUUGUUUCGAAAGGGGACAGAUCAAACCGGAAUGCCCAAAACUUCAGCAAGAGUCAAAGAAAGAAGAUAAGAAGCAAGAGGGUUCUAGGGCGAAAGGGAGGAUGUUUCAAAUCACAUCCGAAGAAGCCAAGUCGCAACCGAAUGUGGUCUCAGGUAUCUUUCUAUUAAACUCCAUACCGGUUUACAUUUUGUUUGAUACCGGAGUCACUAUGUCGUUUAUUUCUAGUGAAAUCGUACAACAUCCUUCAUUUAAGAUUGAACGAUUGCCGAUGCCUCUAGAAGUAGAAAUAACCGAUAGUAAGAUCUAUAUGCUACACGAGAUAUGUAGGAAUUGUAAAUUCAUAAUGGAAGAUGAGGGAUUCGAAAUUGACCUCAUACCUAUGGUUCUGGGGGAAUUUAAAAUGAUAGUGGGAAUGGAUUGGUUGGCACGACACCGGGUAGAAAUUAAUUGUGAAAAUAAGAUAAUGUCUAUCCAAGCUCCAAGUGGGAGGCAACUGAGUAUUCAAGGGGAAAGAAACGUAGAAACCAAAUUGUGUACCCUUGUCCAAGCCUUUAAAUACAUACUUAAUGGAAAUAGAGCAUACCUGGCUUAUGUGUUAGACGCUCAGCAAACCCUCCCGAAGCUAGAAGAUGUUGAGGUAGUGAAUCCGGGUGCGAAGCCCGUUGCGAAGGCUCCCUAUAGAUUGGCUCCCACCGAGAUGCGGGAGCUAUUGACACAAUUACAAGAUUUGUUAGAUAAGGGCUUUAUACGCCCGAGUGUGUCUCCGUGGGGAGCGCCUGUUCUAUUCGUUAAGAAGAAAGAUGGGGGCGAGUUGGUUCUCCAAGAUUGA